AUGUCCUCAUCACUUGCACCUUCUGGCACAUACGCCGUGGGUGCUACCACCUUCGUCCUCCCCGUUCGUCCAGUACGAAACAUUGGCCGUGCAAGAGUGCGACGAGAGUCGGGUGACGGUACCGAACCAGCGCUUCAGCUCGAAGACGUCGUCUUCACAGCCUUUUAUCCCACUGAUCCUACAACAUUUGCCGACAAAAAACACGAACAUGGCCUCUUCUGGAUGAUCCGGUGGGUUUCACCUCUUGCGGAUUCUGUUAGAGGCUAUGCUCAUUUGUCCGGUAUCACGGCAUAUCUACUCUGGCCCAUCAUCCUGUUAUUCGGAUACCGUGUUAAGAUCCCGGUCUAUGUGAACUCCCCUCCGGUUGGCUCAGCCAUCCAACCUUCUAGCCCGGUAUCACCUACGUCGGAGAAGGCUUCGUUAGGGCGCUGGCCACUAGCUCUCUUCUCUCAUGGUCUUGCCGGAAGUAGAACAACGUAUUCCAAGCUCUGUACGGAGAUGGCGUCUUCCGGAAAGGUCGUACUCUCAUUUGAGCAUCGAGAUGGUUCUGGCCCGGCAUACAGGAGACGGGGCGGGUCAGCACAAGAUUCUCAAACGCAGGCAAAUCUGUACAUUCAUCCCGAGAACGUCAGCUGGGAGGGGACGCCACCAGAUAGCCCAGAAGAACUCCGUACAGAGCAGUUGGAAUUUCGGCGUCACGAAAUCUACCUUGCUUACAGCGCCUUCCUCAAUUUGGUUCAGCACGGGGAACGCGGUGAACUUGACACGCUCGAUGGAAGUGAGAUAGAGUGGAAAGCUUGGGAGAAUGUCGCCAAAUGUGACGACGGGGUAUUGCUCACUGGCCACUCGUUUGGCGGUGCCACUAUACUCUCGAUUCUCACCAACCCACCCCCGUUCGACACCCCACCUAUUCCAGCGUCACACGCAUUGGCAUUGGAUCCGUGGGUACAGCCAUUACCUGAUCCCGGUCCCGUGCCUUUCGAGGACAAUAACAGGUCCUUCAGAAACGUGAAGCUCUUGGUAAUAAACUCGGAACAAUUCACGUUAUGGAAAGACCACUUCACGAAACUGGAACACGGAGUAAAAGUGUGGACGGACAGUCAUUUGCUCACUCUAGUGCGCUCCAAGCACGUGUCUUUCUCAGACUUCCCACUCAUCGCCCCACCUCCCUUUCGUGAUUCGAACGCUUCACUUUAUUUGAGCCAGAUAUGCUCUCUUUCGAUUGCAUUUCUUGAUGACCACCUUAAGGAGACAUUGGCUGGAAUGAAGACCAGGAAGAUGGAAAUGGAGUGGGUGCAGCCGCCGGUACGAUGGUGGCAAAGAAAGCGUCCAAAUCCGACGAAUGAGCAGAACCUGGGUCAGCGACAGCUCAUUGGAGAGCCGGGUGAUGUCAUCGUCCAUGUUCUGACUUGAGUGUACAUACUCUGUUGGACAACCC